GGGAGAAAAUUUUUGUUUGUGAAAAAAUUGUAAAAGAUGGAUAUAGCGUACUAUUAGGCUUUAACGUACGCCUGUAUUCAAACAUUUUGUUUCCUUUCUUAGGGAUUGUAUAAUAUUUCUAAUGUAACUAAAGGAAUUUGUGAAGAUUCUUGUAAAUUCCUUCAGGAAAUACAUCUUGAAGGUAAGAAAGUCCACAAUGGCCAAUAAUAAAUAAAUUGACAUUUUUGCAACCAACAACUAAGCUAAAAGAAAAAGUUAGGGGAAAAGACAGUAUGUUAUAAUUAUUUUAAUUUAUUUACUUCACUCUUUAAUUCUGGCUGUUAAAACUCUAAAUGGACUUCAUCUUACUUUUGCUUUGACAUUUCCUACCCAAUGUAUCAAGUUGAGGGCUCAGAUUGGAUGACUGUCUUUACAUCUCUGUUAUAACUUGUUAAAGGUGGCCCAAAGACUUUUUUUUUCUCAUGGAAUUGUGUAGUGAUUUUCUCAGUCUAAUUCUCUGUCAAGUUUUCCUUUGAUAUCUCCUCUCUUAUAUUUUAAACAGAGGAACUAGCAAAUUAUCAUUCUGUAGUCCUCGUCUAAGUUUGCCAAGCACAAAAACAUUGUGUGGCUACUAAAAGGAAACCUAUCUAUUCUAUGCUUGUGUAGACUUUUAAGAGACAAGAACUAGCUGAGACAAAAUUGCUCAGCAAUUCUAAAAUUGUGCCAUGUUUUUUUUAUCCUUUGACAGAAGGAAAUUCAACAUGCCCAGAAGGAGUUUCCAAUUAUAGUAAAUGUACGUUUUUAAAAACUCUAAGAAUAAUUAUUUUGUCUUAACUUUGAAACUGAGGUCUCCACCCAGGUUAGAGUUGUUGAUGGUCAAUUUGCAUAAACCCAUGGCUAUUAAUAGUCACCACUUCAAACUUCAAUACAACUGCUUCCAAAAUCUUGGCCCUGUAGCUCUGGCCCAAGCUAUCCAGCGGAUAUAGAUUGUAUAUUGGUUUCUCUAAUAGUCACGUCUGGACUGGACAACCAUAAACCCACCUUUAAAACAUUAGUAGAAUUAUGUCUUAUAACUGGGGUAAUCCAGGGAUGGACUUGCUAACUUUCCAUAGGGAGAGAGGUGGGGAUACUCAUAGUACACUGUAAAUGCUCAAAUUAGAGCCUGCCUGCAAGUAAGUGCCCGGGCCAUGAGGCCAAAAAUAUUAAUUACGCACCCCAACCCUCUCCAAGGAAGAAGCCAUGUCAAUUACUUGUGUAGAGUAGAAAUGGAAGGAUUUCAAUAGCAAAGCUAAGUAAGAGGAGUACCUCAGAGGAGACAGGGCUUUAUGAUCGAGCCACCGCAAACACACAGAUUACGGAUAUGUUCUAGUUUACUAAUUACAGUCAAGCCAGGUCAAGCGUACCCCCCAAAAUUCCAUUAAUGAAUGUUAUUCAAAAGUUGAGUCUGUUGGCAGUUUUAGAUUUCAGAUUCAUCUCUAAAUUCUUGCAUGCGUAAUGAGCUGUGAAUUCACACGCGAUUCAGUUACGAAAUUUCUGCCAGCUCAGUUUCCCUGAAUUUGACGUAAAUGUCUUCUAAGAAUUUUAAUUCAUUCAAAGAUUUUCAAUCUGACCAAAUACAGACAAGUUCUGGUAAAUUAUUCACUGCUCAUUAAUAUUACACAUGCAGUAAUUCCGAUUUGAAUUUGACACCAGUUACAGGAACGACUAACGGAUUCAUUUUUCAAAUAAUCAAUUCAUUAUUAGAAUCUUGGGGGGUACAGUUGACCUGUGUUUUGACUGUAAGUAGAACCUCGAUAUAAUAGCGACCUCCAUAUAAUGAAGACCUCGGUACAGUGUAUAAUGAACGAAUUUCUUAGCCUCAUUAAUAGUAAAAUGUAUGAAAAAGAACUUUGAUGUAACAAAACCUCAGUAUAACAAACAAAUUUUGCCAGUCCCUUGGCCCUUCAUUAUAUCAAAGUUCUACUGGAUUACAAUUUCUAUUUAUACUUGAAAUAACUAAGACAAAUUAUGUUACUUUGUUACUCUCAUAGCCACUGUGUUGUUACAUCUGAAUGAUUUCAUUUUUAUAUUAUUUCAGGUGUGUUAAUGAAGCCAGAAAAUGUGCAAGUUGCUGCACCUGUAAAAAAUAAAAGGUUAGAAAAUUAUACGAUUAGCUGGAAUGGCACAUGGCCAUCUUCAACAGUGUUUGUGGUCAUGGUCAAACAAUGGAAAAAAGGAAAGUCAACAGAUGCCAAUACUGUGUGGAUAGAACUGAUGCAGGUAUGACAACUCAUCAACAACUAUACCCUAACCCUAAUCUAAAAAUAUUAAAAUGGAUAGAACUAAAGCAAGUAUGACUCCACCUACAAACCCCAAGGUUUAUCUGUAAAUAUCAUAAAAUUCUUUCUGUUUGUUUCUUUCAAUAUUAUUCGACAUUUAAUGUGUUCACAGCAGGAUUAUCUCAGUUGGUAGAGCACUUGACCAUAGAGCAGGAGUUCGUGAGUUCCAUUCCUAAGGCUCCACCAAUAUUCAGGGUCUUAAAAUAAUUGAGAAAUAUAGGUGCUGCAUUUGCCCUCCUUGUGUGGCUUGCAUGACCACAGAAAAUGACAGCCCCAUCUCUAGUAGACGAUGCAAAAAACGGUGUCCUCAGUAUAGUACUUUGUUGCCAAAUACAUUGACACUCAAUUAAAGUGCAUUUUUUCCUCGGGAUAUUCAUGUAAGAUGACUUGUCGUUCCACUCAGCUGAGUGCCUAAAAACUAAAACUAGGGCAGCUAAUUAGUGUGUAUAGAAACAAAGUGUUAUGGCAUUUAAGCUACAAUUACGUAUACUUUAAGAAAGUAGACAUUUCUAAGUCUGGAUAACGUAGUUAUAAAAGUUCACUAAUAAAAUUGUAAUAAUCACAAAUUAUUUAUAAUAAUCUAUAUAUUAAUUUUUACUGCAUAGACUACCUUGCAAUCUGUCCAAGUGAACCUGCAACCACUGGUAUGGUACCAGUUCAAAGUCACAGCAUCUAAUCAGUAUGGAGCAAGCCUAUUUAGUCUACCAAGUAGAUUAAUGUUCGCAAGACCACGGCCACCACUUCCUCCAAGAGCAUUUAACGUGACAGAGAUGCAAGUAGUCAAGGGAAGGGUACAAGUCCAUGUGGUCUGGAAGAAACCUGUCAGCAGUUUUGGUAAUUAAAGACUUAAGUAAAGUUACCAGCUAACUCAAACUCUGAAGGCAAAGGAAAAAUAGUUUGGGUUAGCGGGGCUUCAAGUUAUCACUGAGGAUUGAUUGAAUUUUCUAUUCACCACUAAUUAAUUGACAGUUACUGAUUUUUCAGCACUUCAGGGUGUAUAGUGCAGUGCAAAUUUACUAAUUUCAUGAAAAACAACGACAUCAUUAUGCAUUUUUGUGAUAAAACAUGAUCUGUUCAUAUUGCUAGUUAAAAUCAGAUUGCUGUAUAAGGUUAAAUUGUGUGUGUGUUUUUGUAUACUAAGAGCUAAUGGGAUAGCAUCCAAGUGGGGUAACAAGAACCAGUGAUAUCUAAAUCAAGGGAAUGGAAAUUUAGUUUGAGUUAACGGGGAAUUCAAGUUAUUUGAGGUUGAGUUAACUGAUUUGAAACGACUGAAAAGUGGGUUGAAAUCCAAGGGAAAUUGGACAGGCUACAGUUGGAGUUAGCAGGGAGUUCAAGUUACCAAGGUUCUUCAACGUCACGAGUUAAACUUGUGGAUCAUUAACCCUUUAAGUCCCAAUAUCCAGAUACAAAUUCUCCAAACUGAUCUCCAUACAUUUCCUUGAAGAAUUAGUUGAGAGAAUUUGAUCUGCCAGCAUUUUCUCCUUAGUGAUCAUUUCAUAAAUUCUCAUAACCUAAUCUCUUGACAAGGUAUGAAUAUUGUUGGGAGAAAAUUGAUGUUGGUCACCAUUGGGACUUAAAGGGUUAAUUUAUGGCUAACAGGGUUGUCAGAAAGUUGUGAAGUAGAUGGCUGAGUUGUCAAAGUAAGCGACCAGUCCAGGUAUAUUUUAUUUAAAAAAUGCUAUCCGUAAAGAAAUGCCAAGCAAAGAGUAGCCAGCCGAUACAAACAAAGUAAGUGGCGAUUUUUGCCGGCAGCCUGCUACUUUUGACAACCCUGGGCUAAAAGUCCUACAUAAUAUGACACAGGCUUUUUUCUUAUAGGGCUCCCUGUGAGCAAGUAUCGAAUAUCUUGGAGCAUGAGACUUGAUAAUAAAAGAAAAAAAUAUAUGCCCCUUGAGGUGACAGAUCAUCACACAAUGGGAAACAACACUGAGUACACAAUCAAUGAGCUGCUCCCUAAUACAAUGUACCUUCUGGAACUCAGAGCAAUGACAAGGUGGAAGAGACGCAACCUAAAAAGUAAACGCGUCACUAUUAGAAUAAGAACGCCAAGUGAUAAUACCGGUAAGAUAUAGUCAAGCAGGUAAUUAACAAUAUGUCACCAUCGCUAGGCUGUGGAUAUGACAUGAUGGAUACCCAGCGAGGCACACAGCGCAGAGUUGGCUCUAAACAUCUCAUAUCCUGUACCUGCUAAGUGUCAUGAUAGGUGUGAAUGUCAUGUCUGUGGAUUGAAAACUUCCAUCUUAUGCCUUAACUCGCGCGUGUGUUCCAAUUUCUCAGUGCAUGUAAACACUAUUAAUAAUAUUUUGAGGCCAUUAAUUAUGGCUGCAGGCAGGAAGAAUUUAGGGUGGGAAAAAGUGAAACAGUGACCACAACAUUUUACACAAAGUAAAGGUGGAACACUUGCUGAACAGCUGCCAAGAAGUGGUUAUGAUUGCUGGGUAAUUUACUGGAUUGGCUAAGGAUAUUGAAAGUUGCAAAAUUUUGCCAUCCCGCACAGGAUUCUCAUUUAAAGCACUGGCAACCAGCUAAAAAAAGGCUACUUUCAAUUUGAGCGGGCUGCUUUUUAUAGAAAAAAGGCUAGGCUAAUUAAGCUGAGAAAGUGAGAGCCUAAAAUUGCAUUUAGCAUUCUAUUGCCAAGGUAUAUCACCUACAUUUACAUCCCAGCUGUCUACUUUACAACAUGUACAUGAGGACCUGCACCCAAUGUUGCCGAAGUAAACAAAACAUUAGAUAUUUUACUGCAAGCAGCUGUAAAUUUACUGCACAAAAUACCCACACCACUUUCAAUUUCUGUUUAAUAGUAAUCUUAUUUGUAAGAGGUACGUAUUAACUGCAAAUCCCUUUUUUAUCUCUAUUUAACAGCUAAAGUACAUGUACAGAACAAAUCGCCUAUAAAAAAGGAAUUUAGGAAUGUCUUUAAGAAGACUUCAACACCUCGUGUUGACCUCACCACGUAUUCUUCAUCUCCUCCUACAGAUGGUAAGUGUACCUAGUAAGUUGCUAGGGUGUGGUCUUCCAGAGGGGCGGGUGUACUCUAUAUUAUGGCUUUUACAGGGUGGCCCCGCCAAAAAGGGGUACCAUUGCUGUCCAAAAUGGGUAUGAAGGGGUAAGGGGUUGGACCUCAGGGUGGAGCCACUCCAUAUACAUGUAUCACUUCUACAAUCCAAAAUAAUAAAUAACCUGCAAAUAGUCAAACAAAUAAACCAAUACAUAAAUAUAUACACUGUAAGCAAAUGGAACACUCAAAUAAAGAUGGUGAUUUAUAAUAAGCACUCACUUUUUCCUUGUCAUGUUCUUGACAGGUAAGUAUUAACCGGCUCCCCAAUCUCCUUAUUUUCUCCUCUAGGUAUAACCUUGCACUCCUCAACUGUCUUGUUUACUUUUGUGUAAUGAAGGCACAGGUAGCUCUAAUUUAAAACGUGCCUUUUCUUUCCUUAGUGCUGACAUCAAGUAAUGAAGGUGUUUCUGGAGCUGUCAAAAGAAAAAGAAGCAUUGCUCAAGCUAAUACAGUUCCAUGGUUUGCCUUAAGUACACUUAUGAUUCUAGCUUAUGUGGUACCCUUUGGCCUACGGUAGUAAGGUACACAAAAAAAGGAUUAGGACCAAAUAAUUUGGUCCUAAUCCUUUUUCUAUAAUUUAUAGAAAAAAAUUAUUACCUUUACAGAUAAAUACCAUUAUUUUGUAUUGACCCCUGAGUCUGUUCGCAUUGUUGGGGAUGUACCUGCCAUACAACUGUACAUAAUUAUGCCACUGAAACACAUUAUGUCCAGAAAUGCAUGCAAUGGCAAUUCUCGCCAAAAAUCACCAGAUGGCUGGGGAAAAUUUAAAUGAGGUUCCAAGAAGUGCUCCUUAGAAAGGAGAAGGUGAUUAAAAUGAUGAAUCUGGGUUUAUACAUGUUGGCUCUUAAAAAGGGCAGACCCUAUUAUACUGAAUCCUUAAAUACAAUAAUAUUGGAUACCACUAGCUUAGCUUGAACUUCCAACAAAAACGGGACAACUUAACAGUUGUUCCAAUAAAUUAAGCUUGUAUGAAGGGACACCUGUACACUGUCUUAAAAGGACCUCAUUAAAUGUAUUUACUGCGCUUUUCACAAACAUGCGAAUUCUGAAGUGCAAAAGCCAACUGACGAUUGCAUUUUUCGCUGCUGUCAAUCAUCUUAACGGACCUCUUAGGAAACAAAACUUUACUUUAAUGGGUUCAAAAGGUCAAGGUUUCUAAUUUGUGAUUGGUGGAUUUCGAUCCGUUUUGUGUGUUUCUGUGUUUCAAGAGUUCUUGCUUGUGAAUUGUCAUUAUGAUUGAACAAAAAGAAUGUGAGGGCGGCUUUUGAAACUUUAAAGUUCGCAUGUUUGUGAAAACAAAUACAUAUUUUUUUGGUCUUUAGAAGAGUCUUGGAAAUUGUCAACAACCAGAAUGUACCAAAACAAAUACAUCGUUGCUCAAAUUUUAGAUUCUGCACUACUGAAGAGAUCCUGCAAUCAUGUUACCAUUAAAAUGAAACUUCUUUUAAUUAAAAAUUGCUUUUGCAUUUGUGUUGUGUACAUGCAGGAUUUGAAAAAAAAAUGAAAGUUUCAUUUUUCUUGGAUUUUGACUCUAGUCAUAACUGGGAGUUAGAGAUUUAAUGGGGUCCUUUUAAUUACUCAACAGAAUCCUGGUGAUUCAAUAAGUAAUGAACAAACUAAAAAUAGUUUGCAUUGCAAGUUACUUUGUGUAGUUUUAUUAUCAAGUUGAAAAAGAAAAAAAUAAGAAUAUUUUUGGCAGUUCUGGCAAAUAGAAGUGCCCCAUUUUUUUAUGGGAAUUAAACAGAAGUUAGAAUUUUCUUUGAUGAACUGGAACUUAUCUACAUGCUAGAACUCAAUCAUCACACUUAACAAUUUAAAAGAAAAUUUGUUAAUGUGUUUUUCUAUUGAAUCAAUUCUUCACUGUUUUGAA